CAAAAACUAUUCAAAAUCAACAUAAACACAUAAUCGGUCAAGUCGUUGCAAUAGUAGGAAUCCAUUAUUUUCUAAUCAUAAAUCCUAUGAACAUAUUUAUCUUUCUCCGCACGUAAUCACAGCGAUACUCAGAUUCUCUUUACAACGUAAUCACAGACAGAUUCUCGUAAAAGCCAGUAAAAAAAACUGAAUCAAAUAGGACCAUAGUGGCAUAGUCUGCUCGAGACAGUCAGCAGCUUGCAUCGCGCAUGGGCCCACCUAACGACGCAUUCAUUUGUUCCUCGCGCAUGGGACCACUCUAGCGGUCGCUUGCAGCCACGCCGUGUCCCGUCCGCGGCAGCCCACCCCAACAGGCGCAGCGCGGGCCGCUCCCGUCUCCUCGUCCCCUUUUAAGCGAACCGCCACCUCCCCUUCGCCUCCAACUCCAACUCCAAGGCUCCAACGCAUCUGCACUUCCUUCUCCUACAAAAUCGCAGCAGCACUUCUUCCUCCACUUCCCAAAUCAAAGCAGGACCAGCGCGCGCGCAGUGAUCUAGGGCGAAGCAAAGCGAGGAACAGGGACCGUCUCGUUGGGCCCGGAAAACUGGCGAGAUCGAUGGACGCUGCCGCGGAGGCCUCAACGCCGUCGUCCCCGUCGAAGCUGCGCGACAAGCUGCGGACCACGGUGUGCUGCUGCUUCGGCGUGGAGAGGGCUCGGUGGCGGCGGCGGCGGGGGGCGGCGACGGCCGCGGGCGAGUUCCGCUACGACCCGCUGAGCUACGCGCUCAACUUCGACGAGGGCGAGGACGACGACGCCUACGCGGACCCCGCCGCGGCCUUCCGGUACAGGAACUUCAACGCGCGCCUCCCGCCCUCGCCGGCCGCCGCUGCCGCGGUGAGGACCCAGCGGCCGCAGCGGGCCACGGCCACCGCCUGACCGCCCAUCGCUUAGAGUUAAGAUCGUGCUCCGCGAUGUCUCUCUCUUUUUGGUUUGUUUGUUUGUUUGGCCCUCCUCUCUUGCAAUUGUACGAUCUACUGAGCGAGCGACAUACAGCUACUUACUUUUAGUGAAUUAUUAUCGUGUUAUAGAUACAGUGUACUCUUGUAACAUGUAGGAAUGUUCCGAUGUGUUCAGUACGAAGCGGGAGUGAUGAACCCUAGAAAUUGGGGCUUUGAUUCCAGAAAGAAAUCUCCUCUUGUUCUGUCU